AUGUACAAAAAGACACCUCCGGGGAAACGCAAACCCACAAUCGCCAGCAGCACCGGCAGCCAAGACAUCUCUGCGAAGMACACACCAAUGACACCAACGACACCAGUGACUCAGAGUAGUAGCUCGGUGAAAGAACCAUCAUCUACAACUGGUGAUGCCAGCAAUGGUUCUGCCAGCUUCACAGACGUUCCCCUGAACAAUGAAGCAGAAGAUCAUGAUUGCGACGACGACUUCGAAUUAGUUCAACACGCAGAUGCUCUACAUUCGUCUUACAACUCGCAGGCAGACCACAAGUGGAAGUACAAUGACGCAGCGAACCAGAAUCUCCUUCAAGAGGCGAAGAGUGAAGUGGCGAAAGCUGAUGAUGGCUUCGAGCAAUUGACCAAGGAUCGAAACGGCACGAGCUCCAGGAAUGGCGCCGCAGACAGGCCAGAAAACUACUUGUGA